UUUGCAUUAUAUAUUACAGGAUCCCUUAAAGAAGUUAUAGGAGCAGAACACAAGAAAGAAAUAAUUCGAUAUUUGUAUAAUCACCAGAAUGAAGAUGGAGGAUGGGGGUUCCAUAUAGAAGGCCACAGCACAAUGUUUGGAUCAGGAUUGAGUUACAUUGCAUUGAGAAUUCUUGGAGAAGAACUUGAACAUCAUGAAGACAUGCCAAUGGCCAGAGCCAGAAAGUGGAUCCUUGAUCAUGGUGGUUUAGUGACUAUUCCAUCCUGGGGAAAGUUCUGGGUUUCGGUGCUUGGAGUUUAUGAGUGGUCAGGUUGCAAUCCAUUUCCACCAGAGUUAUGGCUUCAACCCAAAUUCAGUCCUUUUCAUCCAGGAAAAAUCAUGUCCUAUUGUCGGAUGCUUUACAUGUCCAUAUCAUACGUAUAUGGGAAGAGAUUUGUAGGUUCUAUUACUGGCUUAAUCAAGUCUCUUAGAAAAGAAAUGUACAACCAACCUUAUGAUCAAAUUAACUGGAACAAAGCCAGAAAUACUAUUGCUAAGGAAGAUCUAUAUUACCCACAUUCUUUAAUACAAGAUGUGUUAUGGGGAUUUCUCUAUCACAUUGGAGAGCCCUUCCUAAAUCGGUGGCCCUUUUCAAUGCUUAGACAGAAGGCACUUCAAAUUACAAUGACUCAUAUACGAUAUGAGGAUGAGAUUAGUAACUAUCUUUGCAUUGGAGUUGUAGAGAAGGUGUUAUCUUUGAUCGCAUGUUGGAUUGAAGAUCGCAACUCAGAGGCAUACAAACUUCAUUUAGCUCGAAUUCCUGAUUAUUUUUGGGUUGCUGAAGAUGGUUUAAAAAUUGUGGGUAUCGGUAGUCAAAUGUGGGAUGUAGCUUUUGGUAUAGAAGCAAUACUUGCUUGUGAUCUUAAUGAAGAAUUUGGACCUACACUUAGGAAAGCAUAUGACUUCUUGAAGGCUUCACAGGUUCUUGAAAAUCCAUAUGGUGACUUCAUGGCAAUGCAUAGACAUAUUUCAAAAGGGGCGUGGCCAUUCUCAAUACAUGAUCAGGCUUUACAAGUUUCUGAUAGCACCGGAGAAGGAUUAAAGCUGUCGAUCUUGUUGUCAAGAAUGCCAAUUGAAAUUGUUGGGGACAAAGUUGAAACACAAAGACUAUACGAUGCUGUGAAUGUUAUUCUCUCCAUACAAAGUAGUAAUGGCGGUUUCCCUGCUUGGGAGCCUCAAAGAGGCUAUCAAUGGUUAGAGAAAUUCAAUCCAACAGAAUUCUUUGAAAGCGUUAUCGUUGAGAUGGAUUACGUAGAGUGCACAUCAUCGGCACUGCAGGGCUUGCUUAUAUUUAGAGAGCAAUACCCAAUGCAUAGAAGACAAGAAAUAGAUCACUCUAUUUCCAAGGCAAUCCAUUUCAUUGAAAACUCACAAAAUUCAGAUGGCUCAUGGUAUGGUUGUUGGAGUAUUUGUUAUACCUAUGGCACAUGGUUUGCUGUGGAAGGACUAAAAGCUUGCGGAAGGAAUUACCAUAAUAGUCCUUCGUUGCGCAAAGCAUGUGAAUUUUUGUUGUCAAAACAACUUCCUAAUGGUGGUUGGGGUGAAAGUUACUUGUCAAGCCAAAACAAGGUAUAUACAAAUCUAGAAGGUAACCGUGCAAACUUAAUUCAAACUUCAUGGGCUUUAUUGUCACUUAUUGGAGCAGGACAGUUUUUAGAUGCAAAGAAUGUAGAUUGUGCUAAUCAUUGGAAUUUUGCUGUAAAAACUAAAAAGGCUGAGAUAGAUGCUACACCCAUACACAAAGGAAUAAAGUUAAUAAUCAAUUCACAAAUGGAAGAUGGAGAUUUUCCACAGCCGGACGCAACAGGAGUGUUUUUCAGAAACUGUGUCAUAAACUAUGCAUCACAUCGUAACAUAUUUCCUAUAUGGGCUCUUGGAGAGUAUCGGCGCAGAGUGUUGCAUGCAUAAUAGUGUAAGCAUAAUUCAUAAGAAUAUUUUCAACUUUCUAUUAUUGAUUCCAUAGUCAAUUUACAAAUGGUAAUGUAUCAGUUAUAAUGUAAACCUUGU